CUCCCAUUCAGGCACGCGCGAUGUUUACAGGGGAGCGGGCACCGCCAUUGGACCGCGCGCGCGUCCGUUUGAGGGGGGCGGGCUUUUUCUCCCUUUGCCCCGGUACGGGAGCCGAGUGGGGACCGGCUAGUUACGCAGCGGCUGUGGGUCUCCACCCGAGAGUAUGGCGGCUGGGAUCGCGCUGGAGAGCGGGGGAGAAGCGGAGACAUGUCCGCGACGGUGAAAAAGAAACAAGAGCCGCAAGUUGCUGGAUGAAGUCUGCGAAUAGUUUCGGUUGAUGUUGCUUUUCUGACGCGGCCUCUGGGUCCGAACGCCGCUCCGGCACUUUAUUCCACGGGCUAAAGCAGCGUUUUUCCAGCGUCCUCCGUGGAGCAAGUUUGUUUUUUUUCCCUGAUGCACAGGGGCGCGAGCGAAGCAGAUGAAAACCCGCACCGUCCACAUCGCCGGCCGAUCUUUUCUUCAGCCCCUGCGCGCGUUUCGGACGCUCGCGGCCGCGCGGCCGCUCGUCCGUCGGUGUCUGGGCCGCGAGGGGGAUUCUCUACAAUGAAACCCAUCUUGGCGGAGCGACUCUUUGUGCUCUGCCAUAGCUGAGCAGCGGCGAGCGGCACUCUGUUAUCGACACCCCCAUCAAAAUGGGCCACGAUUGGUGAAUUGACUUCGUUGCGGGAACAUUUUGCGUUCGUCUCAAUGACGCGCGGAGAUUGAUACGUUACGACUCGAUUAAAUCCACGAUGCGCGAGUACAAAGUGGUGGUCCUGGGCAGCGGCGGGGUCGGGAAAUCCGCCCUCACCGUGCAGUUUGUCACCGGGACGUUCAUUGAAAAAUACGACCCCACCAUAGAGGACUUCUACCGCAAGGAGAUCGAGGUGGACUCCUCGCCGUCGGUGCUGGAGAUCCUUGACACCGCCGGGACGGAGCAGUUCGCCUCCAUGCGGGACCUGUACAUCAAGAACGGACAGGGAUUCAUACUGGUCUACAGCCUCGUCAACCAGCAAAGCUUCCAGGACAUAAAGCCGAUGCGGGAUCAGAUCAUAAGAGUGAAAAGGUACGAGAAGGUUCCGGUGAUCCUGGUGGGGAACAAGGUGGACCUGGAGAGUGAGCGGGAGGUGUCCUCCAGCGAAGGGCAGGCCCUGGCCGAGGAGUGGGGCUGCCCGUUCAUGGAGACCUCAGCCAAGAGCAAAACGAUGGUGGACGAACUGUUCGCCGAGAUCGUGCGGCAGAUGGACUACGCCGCCCAGCCGGACAAGGACGACCCCUGCUGCUCCUCGUGCAAUAUACAAUAGCCCCGCGGUGUUCCAGCAGCGGGCCGGGUCGGACGGGCGGGAGCUACGGAGCAAGCGGAUCGCACCAACACACGCACGCACAUGCAAACCGAGCGGAAGACAAAUUCACGUUUGAACGCGAUGGAUUUUAACUCAAUGGAGCAUAAAACCUGCAAUGACAUGAUUAUUAAUAACAACGUGUGAGUAAUGGUACAUUUUGAAUUAAGAAUGCCAGAAAUUGCCAGACGACAACAAGGAACAUGCCCAUGCCUUAUGUUGCUCUGUUGGUUAGUCUUUGUCCUUAGAAUGGUGAGAACACAUCAUCAGCACAGAGUCACAGGUCAGGAUAUUUUCUCUUUUGGUUGUUAAUCGAUUCUUUAACACCAUGAUGCAUUUUCCUGUUACUGUGACUCACAAACCCAGUAAUAGUUUUGCAGGAUCUAGCUUUUUCUCACACACCUUGAGUUACUUGAUUAACCGUUUUUUUUUUCCCUCCAGCUAAGUUUGCGUUUAGUGGCUGGUGGGAGGUUUUCUAGUGAACCUGAAGGCAACGCCAUUCUUGUUUUUCCAUUCAGUUUAUAUAAAAGGAAGGGAGAAAAAGUCUGUCUUUCUAAAAGCACCGGUGCAGUCACUAUUUUCUUAUUUUGAGAGUCUUUCACAUAUCGGGUGAGGUCAGACUGCUGGCAGAGAGGUCACCACUGCGACCUAAUGGGACGCUGAGUUGGUCCCGUCAGUGUUUGAAUAUGUCUGAACUCUGGUCAGGACUGAGUGAAGUUAAAGUGAAGGUGCCAACAGUUGCCAUUCAUUUUCUUUCCUCUCCUCUGGUACCGAUACGGCGUUUCAACAUCCUGAUCCCGUUUUUUAACUUUAUUUUUUUUAGGAGCGCAGAGUGUUUAAAUGCAUAGUGACAAAUAGCAACGACGAAGGCGACGAUCAUACGAAUAACAAACGUAGUGUAAAUAUUUUGUAUGGACAGCGGCAGCUCCGGUGAAGACGCACAUGGAGACGAGGACUCCUGAACACAGGCUGUGGGGAUGCGCAAACACGCCUGGAUCCGGACACUGACUCAGCUGUACAUCUGUGUUGCCACGGGAACCAGGCCGUCCCUGUGUAACCAUUUUCAUUGUUGAUUUUAUAUUUUUUUAUGUGACCAUUCGCUCUUUAUUCCCUCUCUGACUGGUGACACCGUUACAUUUGACACCUAAACAAUAAAAGUGCGUUCAACACUCGA